AUAAAUUAAGUUAACCAAUGAAGUACUCUCCAAAAGAAAUAAACCAACGUGAAAAAUGAAGUUCGAAGUUGAAUUAAUCUCUAAUGAGACUGUAAAGCCUUCUUCUCCAACCCCACACCAUCUUCGUCAUUACCAGCUAUCCUUUCUCGACCAAUCAAGUCCCAAAACCUACAGUCCUUUAGUCUUCUACUACCCUUUAAAAGACGACCAUGAUAUUACUGAAAUAUCCAACAAGAUCAAGACCUCUUUAUCGGAGGUCUUAACCCUUUACUACCCUCUAGCUGGCCGAGUCAUCAACGACCGAUUCGUCGACUGUAAUGACGAAGGAGUUUCCUACUCAGUAGCCCGAGUUAUUUCCCCGUGCAGUCUUUCCGACGCGCUCGAUAAUCCAAACCUUAACGAAAUAUGUAACUUUCUUCCUUUCGAACUGUUUCCCAUCACGGAAUUUAUCUUAGGCGUCCAACUCAACAUCUUCGAAUGCGGUGGAAUCGCCGUCAGCCUAUGCAUUUCGCAUAAGAUCGCCGACGCAUUGUCCUGCAUCCUAUUCGCCAAAACUUGGGUCACCUUCGCUCGGGGCGAAGCUGAUCAAGUGCCUUGUCCGGAGUUCAUUGCGGCGACUCUCUUUCCACCCAAGGAUGAUAUCGGGUUCGACAUGACUGCCGCGGUCACAAAGGAGAUCGCUUCAAAGAGGUUUGUGAUCAAGGCCUCUGUAAUCGAGGAUAUCAGACUGAAACACCAAUGCAAUGGAGAAAGAACACCCGAUGACUGCUCCCCGAAACGUCCCUCGCGAAUCGAGUCCUUAUCGGCUUUCAUAUGGAAUCGUUACGUGGCUGCAAUCAAGGACGAGUUAUUGGAGGAAACUGAGAAGGGUUACGCAAUGAUUCAUGCUGUGAAUAUUCGUACCAGGUUUGAGCCACAGCUGACAGAAUAUACUUUCGGAAAUAUUAGUCGUUGCAGCAUCGCAAUCUUGAGUACCGGGAAAGAGUACGGUUAUGAGUUGGUGAAGCGAAUAAGAGAAGGUAUAGGAAAGUUGGACAUGGAGUAUUUGGAAAAGGUGAAGCAAGGAGAAGAUAAAUACAUGGAUUUGCUCCUGAGCUAUGGUGGAGGAGUAAUGAUGAGAGGAGGACAGUACAUAUCGCUAAGCUUUACUAGUUUGUGUAGGUACCCUAUUUAUGAAGCUGACUUUGGGUGGGGCAAUCCAGUAUGGGUUAGCUCAGCCACUCUGUGUUAUCCUAAUGUCGUCGCUUUCAUGGACACUAAAUCUGGUGAUGGAAUUGAAGUAUAUAUUGCAUUGACGAGGGAACAGAUGAGUAAGCUUGAAGCCGAUGAGGAGUUUCUCAAAGCCGUUUCUUGA